CCUUAUAUUCCACCCUGGGGAAACAUCAUAUAUCCUUAUAUUCCACCCUGGGGACACAUUAUACAGACACAGAAACCUGCAUGUGCCGCUGCUUGUUGCCUCCUCACAGACCGUUGUGUAUUGGCUUUAUUAGGUGUAACAUUAGACCAGUGGUGGAACUACCGGGAGAGCAGGGCCCGCACCCCCUCAGGGCCCCCCGGCAGCGCCACAAGCCACUGAAACCCCAAGUAAAAUCAGUCGUACGGAGGGGGCCAGAGCGCUGUCCAUUCCAAACAGUCGAGUUAUAUCUGCAGUAUGUGGGGAAAGCUUCUCCAGGGAUAGUGAUCUCUAGUGAUGUGCGGGUCAACUUGCAAUUAAAAAGUGAUAAAUCGCCUCAGCGUUGCAAUAUGGUUGCCGAGUCCAGUAAACACACCCAUGUGCGUCCGUGUGAUGGGCGUCUCCAAGGCAAUUCCGUCACUAGCUGUGUCUCAUACCGACCCUGCAGGGGCCCCACGACCGCUGCGUGUGCUCAAAUAGUUUGAUGACCAUAGACAGAUACUAAAGCAACAAAAAAACCAUCUAGCGACACCACUAGAUGUCGCUGUGUUACAGUAGCAGGCGCUUGUGAGCAGUUCAUUUACUUCAUCACUAGAUGUCAGUGUGGAACCAACUUGUGGCCUUCUUGUUGCUACACGGAGUUACUUGCUGGAGCGCCUCCCCAGACUUCCUGUAUGCAGGUCACAUGGGCAGGUGAGGAUGUUGUCAGUCCCGGCUAUAGGGUUUCCACCUGAUCCCAAUGUUAAUAAUAUGGGACAAAGAUAAAUCUAUAGGAGGGCCGGUAUUUUGUUCCAGAAAAGGUGGCAACCCUAGUCCCAGCAGUACAGGGCUGUUUAUAUAUUUAUAUCCUGAGACAACUCACUGGAUCCCUUGCUAAGCAAACCCCUUUAAUCAUCUGCCUGCAGCCUGCAAUGGAUUCUGUGUGUCUGCUCUCAUUACAGUCAGUGCUGCAGUACAAGCUCAUUAUAGCGGCUAAUCUAUUCUGUGUCGCUUAUAGUUCCCUACUGACCAACAUGAGCCUAAAUACGUUAUCAGAGACAAUAUUGAGUCGUUUUUACUCUCUCUUUAUCCCCGCACGUAACCCUUAAUUGUAUUUUGAGAUUUCCUUCUGGCAAAGAAUAAGAGUCUCUGAGUCUGAGAUGUAACUGAAGCUGCUCCUUAUCUGAAGUCUGAGAUACACGUGUUACACAUAAAGAUAAAGGAUCAGCUGAACCAAAUGGGAGACUCAGCAUAACAAUGUCACUUACUGACUGGGGUUCCCCAGAGCCACAACCAGAAAUGUUACAAAUAAAUAUAAAGGAGGAAGAAGCGGAUCGUGAAGAUCAUGUGACACUCAGUGAUGGGGGGAACUGCCUGACUAAUGAAGAGAACAGGUGCCCUAAACCCGCCAGAGCCCAGUUAGGGAUACGGAGCCCCCCAGUAACAGAUGGCAGCAUGUUGGCACAGACCAGAGAUUCGGCACAAUUCAGAUCUUGUUCAGCGAGCGCCAAAGAGCCGGGAUUUAUCUGCAAUAAAUCUGGGGAAAUGUUCUCGGAUAAUAGCGACGUCUCCACGCACCACUUUGCCUGCACUUUGUAUGAUUCCCAGUCACGUGAUUUGGCAUCGGCGGGCGAAUUCCACUGCACCGAAUGCGGCAAAAGUUUUGCCUGUAAGGUGAGCCUCGAGGAACAUGUGAAGCUUCACACAGAAGAGAAACCCUUCCCAUGUACAGACGGGGGCAAACUCUUUGCUGGGAAGAGCAGCCUCCAGAACCACCAGAGAAUUCACUGUGGGGCGAAACUAUUCCACUGCGCAGAGUGCGGCAAAAGAUUCUCUCAGAAGGUCACGCUCCACCUACACCAGAGUGUCCACACAGGGGAGAAACCAUUCACCUGCAAGGAAUGUGGGAGGAGCUUUUCCAAGAAGGACAAUCUCCGGAGACACAAGAAAGUGCACAUAAUGGAGAAAACCUGCGCCCAGUGCGGCAAAUGUUUUACUCAAACGCGUCCCCUCGACCGCGCGACCAGCCUCAAACUAUUCACCUGUCCGGAGUGUGAGAAGAGAAAUCACAUACGGGAACUGCCCUUCAGAUGCGCAUUGUGUGGGGACGGAUUCUACGGCAAAAGUUACCUGACUAUGCACCAGAAGGUUCACGAGAGGGAGAAACCGUUCAGGCGCAAAGACUGCGGGACAACGUUUCCUGAGAAAAUCCACAUGUCUGUGGGUUCCCCAGAGCCACAACCAGAAAUGUUACAAAUAAAGAUAAAGGAGGAAGAAGCGGAUCGUGAAGAUCAUGUGACACUCAGUGAUGGGGGGAACUGCCUGACUAAUGAAGAGAACAGGUGCCCUAAACCCGCCAGAGCCCAGUUAGGGAUACGGAGCCCCCCAGUAACAGAUGGCAGCAUGUUGGCACAGACCAGAGAUUCGGCACAAUUCAGAUCUUGUUCAGCGAGCGCCAAAGAGCCGGGAUUUAUCUGCAAUAAAUCUGGGGAAAUGUUCUCGGAUAAUAGCGACGUCUCCACGCACCACUUUGCCGGCACUUUGUAUGAUUCCCAGUCUCGUGAUUUGGCGUCGGCGGGCGAAUUCCACUGCACCGAAUGCGGCAAAAGUUUUGCCUGUAAGGUGAGCCUCGAGGAACAUGUGAAGCUUCACACAGAAGAGAAACCCUUCCCAUGUACAGACUGCGGCAAACUCUUUGCUGGGAAGAGCAGCCUCCAGAACCACCAGAGAAUUCACUGUGGGGCGAAACUAUUCCACUGCGCGGAGUGCGGCAAAAGAUUCUCUCAGAAGGUCACGCUCCACCUACACCAGAGUGUCCACACAGGGGAGAAACCAUUCACCUGCAAGGAAUGUGGGAGGAGCUUUUCCAAGAAGGACAAUCUCCGGAGACACAAGAAGGUGCACAUAAUGGAGAAAACCUGCGCCCAGUGCGGCAAAUGUUUUACUCAAACGCGUCCCCUCGACCGCGCGACCAGCCUCAAACUAUUCACGUGUCCGGAGUGUGAGAAGAGAAAUCACAUACGGGAACUGCCCUUCAGAUGCGCAUUGUGCGGGGACGGAUUCUACGGCAAGAGUUACCUGACUAUGCACCAGAAGGUUCACGAGAGGGAGAAACCGUGCAGGCGCAAAGACUGCGGGACAACGUUUCCCGAGAAAAACAAACUGAGGAAACACCAAGAAAUCCACAACAAAGAGGCAGAAGAAGGCUGGGUCUCCGAAACAGACCGACUGCUGGUCUUAUAGUGAGAGCUUCUCUCAGAUGUGCCCCCUACAGGAGCAGCAGAGGAAUGAACUAUGGGGGGGGGCAGCAGCUGAAUCUGUUUCUCUAUCUGUCAUCUGUCCACUAACUGCCAAGCAAAUAACUUGUUCCACAUCAACCUUCAUUCCACUGGGAAAAGAGAUGUCAAUAAAGUGCCCUCUAAUAUC